AUUUUAUCGAAAAUAUAUUGAGUAAUUAUAUGUUUAUAGACUUUCUUCAUUUUCUUAUUGCGGGAGUGUUAUACUUGUCAUUUUUGUUUUAAUUAGAGCAAUCACCAACAGCAGAGGAAUGACUAUCGAUUGAAGUGAAGAUUUCACAAGUAUAAUAGUAAAGACAGCGGACACGAUGAACGUAUCGAUGCUUCCGGUCAAAAAUAUAACGCAACAAUUAUUUGACUAUAUUGGAGAUAAUAUUUCAGAAUUUCAAUUUUCGGCGGAUUUUGAUUAUGAGGAUAUUUUAAAAGAGUUUCCCGAACUUUUUGGAAAUAAAGGAAAAGACACUGGAACAUGGAGUCCCAUGACGAUAUCAUUGGCAGUGCUUUAUUCCAUUGCUUUUAUACUCGGAAUAACAGGAAAUAUUUUUGUAAUUGCUGUUGUUGCACAGUACAAACAUAUGCGAACUUUAACCAAUGUAUUCCUUGUGAAUUUGACGGUAGGAGAUUUACUUGUAGCUCUAAUAUGCAUUCCUAUUACUCUUGGAGAAUAUGUUUAUAAAGAGUAUAUAUUCGGAACAGUAAUGUGUAAACUUGCACCUUUCCUGCAGGGAUCCGCCGUGGCAGUAAGUGCUCUGAGCCUUUUAUUCAUUGGUAUAAAUAGAUACUUUGCUAUCCAUCGUCCACUCAAAGCUAAAAUUAUUUUUUCAAAAAGAAAAAUCUACUUAAUGUUGGUAUCAGUGUGGGUACUUUCAUUUUCGGCUUUUGUUCCUUUACUGGUGGUGAACCAUGUGCAGGUGACAGAUUUUUUGUCUUUUAAGAAACGUUCGUGUUCCGAAGGAUGGAUCCGAUUACAAUAUAAACAAAUUUACAAUGUAUUCAUAUUUGUUUUGUUGUUUUGUAUUCCACUUUUUGUGAUGGUUUUAGCCUAUACAAGAAUAGGCAUGACAUUAUGGGGAGACGAAGGGAAAGUUUUUAUAGAAACAUCACGGGGACAUAGCUAUCAAGCUGAACGGAUUCUACGUCAAAGACGUCGGACUGUUAAAAUGUUGAUUGCCGUAGUUAGUAUAUUUUGUAUUUGUUGGCUGCCAUAUUACAUCGUGAACAUUUGGAUUGACACAAAUUUAAGCGACAUGAGUUCUACAGGCUUUGUGACAACGUAUAUUUACCCGGUGCUACAGGUCCUUGGAUUAUCAAACUCUGUUGUAAACCCGGUGUGCUACUGUUUCAUGAGUACCGGGUUUAGAAAGGCAUUCCUAAAGCUUUGUUGUAAACGUCAACUCAUAAAAAGAGGUUCGAACGCUUUGUUAACUAUUAGAUUCAGAUCUAGUGAGGAUAGUCCUAUCGAUAGUUUGGAAACGGCGAUAUCACGUGACCAUCAUGAUCAUGUGAUAACAGGUACAAUAAAAUCAUAA